CAUAAAUAAACAAACAAAUGAGCAAGCCAAAGUGGAGGCGCCAUUGUGUUCCAAGAAACGAUGAAUUUUUACAGCUCACCAUUUCAGUUUGUGACCAGAGGCUGUUUCCAAAUUAUCGUUUUCUUAGAGAAUAUCGCCUUUAGAAAAAUGGCUGAAAGAUAUAGCUUUAGCUUAACCACAUUCAGUCCAUCAGGCAAAUUGGUUCAGAUUGAGUAUGCAUUAGCUGCUGUAGCUUCUGGUGGAUCUUCUGUUGGCAUUAAAGCUACAAAUGUUGUGGCUGCUGAAAAGAAACAAAAAUCAAUUCUUUAUGAUGAUUCCACCAUUCACAAGGUUGAAAUGAUCACAAAAAAUGCUGGUUUAGUUUAUAGUGGAAUGGGUCCAGACUGCAGGUUAUUGGUGCGACGUGCAAGAAAAAUUGCCCAACAAUAUUUCUUAGUUUAUCGUGAACCAAUUCCAACGUCACAACUGGUUCAUAGAAUUGCUUCAGUGAUGCAGGAAUAUACGCAAUCAGGUGGUGUACGACCCUUUGGUGUAUCGUUGUUGAUAGCUGGCUGGGAUGAAGACAGACCUUAUCUGUUUCAGUGUGAUCCUUCGGGAGCGUACUUUGCUUGGAAAGCCACUGCAAUGGGAAAAAAUCACUUGAACGGACGAACAUUCUUAGAAAAAAGGUAUAACGAUGAUCUGGAGCUAGAAGAUGCAAUACACACAGCUAUACUGACUCUUAAGGAGAGUUUUGAAGGUCAGGUGACAGAGGACAACAUAGAAGUUGGAAUUUGUACAUCGUCAGGAUUUCGACGUCUUCAGCCUGCCGAAGUAAAAGAUUAUCUUGCUUCAGUGUAACAACGUAAAGUGUUGUGAGUGUGUCAGCUUUCAUGACAGCAUUCUCUUGAAUUUAUCGUUUUCAUGUAGACGAUGUCUAACAUGAGAAAAACUGUGUUUUUGUAAAACGACCAAAGUAAAAAACGAUAAUUCAGUACGUGAACGAGUUAAAAAUUUAUCUUGAUUCCAUGCAUGGUAUUGCGACUGUUUACAAAGAGCGCUUGUUUUCCCUUCUACUUUAGAAAUAAAGUUUGGGAUUGGGA